CUAUCGAUCCUCGUGGGUCACGCCUCCUUUCCCAGAGUCACUGACGGACUCCAGCAUCGAACGACCCCUUUCUCCGUUUUUCCAGCUGGAAUUUUGUUUAUUUUCCCUUUUCCGUUCGGCCCGGAUUUUUCUCCAGGAGCACGAGAUGCGCUGGUACUGCGGCCCUGCCAGGGCGACGACGGAAAAACUCGCCUUGGCCGACUUCUGCGGCUGAAAGGAAGCUCCCCGAGAAGGAUGGAAGGAUUAUAAGAAGAAACUGCUUAUAUUCGACUGUUUGAUAAACCGCAUUGAUUGAUGUUAGACUACAGUGAAAUCGGCCAGGAAGAGGAUAUGGACGCACAGGUUGUUCAGCAUGAGCAAAACCAGCAACAGAACCAAGGGCAGGUGAUGGAGGUGCAACAGCAGGUUGUCGCGUCGUCGCAGCAGACGCUGCUCGUCAAUUCGGCCAACAUGAUGUCAACGCCACAGAGCCCUGUUGGCCCAGCCCAGCCAGUGCCUUCGAACACUCCUGCGCCACAGAUGCAGCAGAUGACUGACUGGAACUCUGGAGGCGUCCAGGUCCUGCAGCAGCCGGUCCAGAGUGCGUAUGUCCAGCAGGUUUAUAAUGCAAAUGGGCAGAUGCUAAUGUCGUUGCCGCCAAACGUCAACCACGCCGGUUCAAUACAGGUCAUCGCUGCAGGGAAGCCAUUCCAGUCAAACCAGCUCACCUCUGUACUCGGGAAAUCCAUACAAGCGAGUUUUCCAAGCUACGCCACGAUACCGACGAGCACGAAUCAGACCCUUCUGAUUGGACAGCUCGGCAUGAUCGGUGGCCAGGCUGGCAUAUUCUCGUCCCAGGGGCAGAAGCAGGAGUUGAAAGACAGCCAGUUGAAACAAGGACAGGCGAUGCUACACCAGCUCAUAUCGCCAAUACAGUAUGCGGCAUGCCAGAAUAGAACAGCUGGAGGAGGCAACAGUGUCCAGCUGUCACCGUGGCAGUUCAGCACGCAGAUCCCUCAGGUUUGGGCAUCACCGCAGCAACAGCAGGUCAUAACAGCCCAGAACCCGAUUUACAUACGCAGCCCUCAGCAGGAGCAGGUUUACAUACAGCCCCAGCAAAGCGUACACAUGCAAAACCAGAGCCGUACACUGUCCAUACUGCCUUCUAUCAGCUCGCCUGUACGGCCAGCAGGUCCUGUCGUGCCAACGCAGAUUGUGCCUAAGCCCCCUUUGCAAAAUAAAAUAAGAAAAACGUUGAUGAUGAAAGGCAUCCCUGUAGAGAAGCACGAUGCCCAGAACCAGACCAAGCCAGAACAGAUGUCCAGCGUACAACAGUUCUCUAAGCCGUCUGAAGAUGAGGAUGAGGCAAAGCCAGCCGAAGAGACGCUGAGCGACUCUAGGCCUCAGGAUGAGAUGAAGCCUCCGCCUCCCAAGGCGCUCGUCAAGCCUCAGGUCCUCACGCAUGUCAUCGAAGGCUACGUCAUACAGGAAUCAUCGCAGCCGUUCCCUACCGACCAAUCCGAACCGGCGGAAAUUGGGAAUCGCGCCGAUAGCGACAACUACGACGAGUCGCCCUCAAAAAGGCAGAAAUUGGACGAUGACAAGGAUGCUGACGGUUUAACCGGUGCUAAGGAGAUGUGCGAAAUGUGUGGUAUCGUCGACGACAAAGAGGUUUUCAAAUUGGACAACCAUUAUUGCCCAGCAUCCACAAAGUCUGGUGAUAAAAUUUUGCCAAACAAGCUGCCCGAUGCACCAGCCAUUAUUCCAGUCGCACCAUGCAAGGAUUAUGAAGAUGCAUUACCGUCCGACCUGGAAGGUUCGAGCCCAACUGACUGGACUGUAUCAGACGUGCACGACUUCAUCGGCAAGCUCGCCGGCUGCUCGGAAUACGCUGAAGAAUUUGCGAACCAGGAGAUUGACGGCCAGGCGCUCCUUCUACUCAAGGAGGACCAUCUUAUGUCGGCGAUGUCGAUGAAACUCGGCCCGGCGCUCAAGAUCUGCGCCAGCAUCAACAGGCUACGCGGACAUGUAGAAGGUCAAGACAAGGCCAAUUGAUCACGCUCAAAACAAAAAUUCUCCCCCCCCCCAUACAACGGGUCAAUGUUAAUAUUUUUUCUAUGAGUUUAUUGAAUGUAAAU